UCAAAGGCAAUCAAAGUCAUAAAAUCAGAUCAAAACCCGAGAUAUUCCUCACAGACGUGUUGUUUGCGAAGUUCACCAAAUUGUCAUCAUGUGCAAGCAUAUUCUCAAUGCACAAGUCUCUAUCAGAUCUCCCUGCUGUCGGAAGUGGUUCGACUGUGCAGAAUGUCAUCUUGAGACCGAAGAUCAUCCUCUCAUGAAGAAGACGGAAAUGGUGUUUGCCUGCAAGAAAUGCAAGAAGGCGUUUCGGAAAGACUCUGAACAAUUCGAGGAGAGCGACGAAUACUGCCCACAUUGCGAUAAUCACUUUGUCAUCGAAGCUAAGACGCCGAAGCCUAUACUGCAAUUUGAAGGUGAAGAUGCUCGGGUGGACAAUAGGAUGAUUAAGGACGAGCGGAUCAGAGCAGAAGAACAGAGGACUAUCUUUGAUGUGAAGGAAGCUCCAAACAAGCUUGGAUAAGGAUGGUUCUUGGGAAAAGGCGUCAUGGGGUGUGAUUAGCGGCAUAGAUUCUGGGAGGUGUUUAUGAUUUAUGAAGCAGACUGCUUGCUUGGCCGGAAGGUGGAAUUGGUCAUGCAUACACCAGAUCUCACGAAUAGAUGCGAAGAUAGUGAUGCAUGCUGCCAAAUAUCUUUUUCGUUACUCAUUGCUACUGUACAGAGGCUCUAUGAGAUGAUGCAAAUUCAACGAAGUAGUCCAUAUGCCCUUACUCAUCCGCUGCUCUAGUUGCCAAGAUCGAGGUGUUACCAGUACCUGGUCGUCCAGUCUUCUUCUUGGCUGCUUCCUCAACCUUCUCCUGCUCAAUGUUCUUGACAUACGCCUCGAUAUCCUCAACUGGCAACAUCUCGAUCAGCUUCCCUGGUGCCAUAAUGGCAAUUUCGAUGUU